CUCUACUGACCUCCUCCCUCCCUACCUCCUCCUCCAUCCCAGUUAAAGACUCCCCCCUCCUUAACUCUACUGACCUCCUCCCUCCCUACCUCCCUCCUCCAUCCCAGUUAAAGACUCCCCCCUCCUUAACUCUACCUGUGAGAAGAAAGCUAGUGGGCGGGCCCACUGUAUGAUUCCAUUGCCCACUUCUUAACACCUGUGAAACACUGACCAAUCACCAUGCAGACAUCAUCUCUCCGCCGCCAGGUGAAGAACAUGGUCAACCAAUACUCAGAGGCAGAGAUCAAGGUCCGCGAGGCGACCUCCAACGACCCGUGGGGCCCCCCCUCCUCUCUGAUGUCAGAGAUCGCUGACCUGACCUUCAACGUGGUGGCGUUCACUGAGGUCAUGGGUAUGAUCUGGAAACGGCUCAACGACAGCGGGAAGAACUGGAGACACGUCUACAAGGCCCUGACUCUACUGGACUACCUGAUCAAAACGGGCUCGGAACGUGUGGCGCAGCAGUGCAGGGAGAACGUCUACACCAUACAGACCCUACGGGACUUCCAGUUCACAGACAGGGAUGGCAGGGACCAGGUGAAUGUUAGGGAGAAGGCCAAGCAGCUGGUGGCCCUGAUGAGGGAUGAGGAGAGGCUGAAACAGGAGAGGACCCUGGCCCUGAAGACCAAGGAGAGGAUGGCUGGAGCAGCUGCAGGGUCAGGGAUGGGCUCUAGUUCUCUACCUCCACCCUACCCAGGCCGCCGUACCAGCCAGCCCAGCAUGACUGCUCUCUACGGGGAUGACUUCAGCCGGUCCAGGGAGUCCCAUUCCUCUUUCAAUUGUGAGUAGU